UACACAGUCAAGUAUAUCCUUCUUGUGUUUAGUAAUCGACAUACACCAACCAACUGAGGUAGGCCUUUUCAACGUUCUUCUAACAUUCUUCGUUUUAUUCAGCCAAAUAACCGGGGUGUCUAUUUUUGUAUGCUUGUUGAUUUCUCUGUGUACAAAAAAAAUCAACAUUGUCUAUCUAUUUGCAAACCUGGACCUGUUAUACGGAUGAGAUGCUGAGUUGAAAAUAGGCUACUAUGGGGAGCGUGUUUAGCUCCGUAGGGUUUUAUUAUUAAAUACGUAAACCUACUUUCCCAGUCCGUCAUAUAGGUCACAAAUACAGUGUGCCGUACCCUGAGCAGGCAUUCAAAGGUUACAAAAAUGUUAACAAAAUGUAGAACCGGGCAAUCGAUAUCACCUUUCCUUGUAAUUUAGUUUUUUAGAGGAUAAUAUCCUAAACCAGACUCGGUUUAUUUAAGAAUUAAGUUACACAAAUAAAGAUAUAGGCCUAUAAUAGCCAGAUUUGGUUGAAGUUUUGGUUGAAAUGAUUUAAAUAGUCCACCUAAUGUACAUGGAUUAUUUUCGGUUAGGAUUAUAUUUCCAUCACUACACCGUGUGAUUAGAAAUCGUUAUUUUAGUUCAUGUCAAAGCUUUGACGUGUAUGACUGAGUAGAUUAUUCGUGUGAAUUAAAAUGGUCUUAAAUGUAUUUAAAUGUGCCAAAGUAAGGGAAUUGGAGCUUGAUGUAACGGUUAAUUAUCUUAAGGUCCAUGUUCAUCCUUAGUUUAAUUUUUUUUUCUUCAUAUCAAGCAAAGAAGACAAGCUAAGUGUUCAAGAUGUCCUYUGUCAGUCAGUUUGAAUCAAUUUCAAGUCUGUGUUCUAGGUGUCGCUGUUGACCACGUCUGCUUCCCUAUGAGUCAAUGUUUCCAUGUGAUGGGAAAAGAGUCUGCGUCUCAAGGCCAUUUUCACAUUUCAUUGGAGAGGUUGUCAUGUGGCAGAGAGGCAUCCUAAGCAACACGGACAUUGUUUUGCUAGAAAUGUCAGCCUACAAACGACAUCUUCCUUUUAAAACUUCUCCGAAAUGUCCUUUCCCAACAGCUCUCCUGUUACGAAUACUUUUGUAGUUGAUUCGUUGAUUGGCGCUUGCAGGACUGACCGUUUUUACUCCAGCAGCAACAUGUACAUGCCGUCCGGUGCAGAAAUGGGAAUUUACGGAAUGCAAACCUGUGGACUCUUGCCGUCUCUCCGUAAACRAGGGGACGUCAACCACCAAAAUAUGGGCAUGAAUUUCCACCCUUACAUACCUCAAAUUGAUAACUGGACAGAUCCCAGUAGACCUUGCGGAAUAGAGCAACCAUCCAACCAAAUGCCCAAUUGCACAUUUUCACAAAACAUUAAGGAGGAGAGUAAUUUCUGCAUGUAUUCCGACAAGAGAGCAAAGGUCAACUCGUCCGAUGUCCCUGUAUAUGCUAAUAUAAUCCCCGAAUCGUGUUCAGUUGACUGCCCCGAGAUCCCUGUCCCAGGGUAUUUCAGAUUAAACCAAACCUACUCGACUGGGAAAGACCAGGACUAUGGCCACGAGAAGACAAGUCCAAACAUCACAUUCAUGCAGCUCAACAGAGUUACUCCAAAACCGCAGUUGUCUUCCUUUUUUGUCGAACUGGAAAGGAAAACGGCCGAGAUACCGCAUAACCCGGAGACCAGCAAGACACCCAUCCCCGCGGAAAUCCCGGAUCCUACGUCCACCGCGCAACGGGAGGAGAACUGCUCCACUGAAUCUUCAGUCUCCAGCCCAGAGUUGACACAAAGAGAAUCUAAAGACAGCAAAACGGACGCUCCAACGAGCAAUUGGUUGACUGCAACAAGCGGCAGGAAGAAAAGAUGCCCCUACACAAAGCACCAGACGCUUGAAUUGGAAAAGGAGUUUUUAUUCAACAUGUACCUGACUCGAGAGCGCCGUCUAGAGAUCAGUAGAGGCGUCAACCUCACCGACAGGCAAGUCAAGAUCUGGUUCCAAAACCGCAGGAUGAAGCUUAAGAAAAUGAACAGUGAAAACCGAAUUCGGGAACUUACCUCAAAUCUCACCUUUUCGUGAGUUUGCUUACGGAAAGCUUGAUUUAUUGUCUUUUUCCUCUAAGCGGUGGUGUGGUGUAGCAUCGGACUUUUGGGGGUUUUUCACCGAAACUGUGACUGACUGCUAUUUUAUUUUCAUGUUUACAUGGUGACGCAUUGUGUAUUUUGAAUAUGUUUUAUCACAGGGUACAUUAAUAACGUCUUAAAUUAUUCAAAUUUACUAUGUAUCCAUUAUUAACGGUUUGGUUUGAUUGAGUCUGACUUGUUUGGAGGCUAAUUUUUCGGACAUGAAAACACAUUUAUCGAUAGUGGAUCCAAAGUUAUACAUUCGUUUAGAAUUAAGCGCUAACUCUUUAGCUGAAUCGUAAUCAUAUAAACGUUUAUGUAGCAUAAAUGUGAUGAGCAAUGUUAAUGAGUGUAAAUCUUACGCAUGUUUGUGGCAUGUAUCCUGCAAUAAAUUGAUUGUCAAAUGUAA